AUGGAUGACCUUUACGACGAGUUCGGCAACUUUAUUGGGGAGGAAGCGGAAUCCGAGGACGCGUCCGAGGCGGGUGUCGAAGCGGGCGCUGAUGCAGGCGACUAUGUCUACGAUGAUGAGCCUGAAGAGACUGGGGGAGUGACGGGGACUGAGCUUAUGGAAAUUGAUGAUGGGCCGUCCAAUGCCGUUGUCCUCCACGAAGACAAGCAGUACUAUCCGACUGCCCAGCAGGUAUAUGGUGAAGAUGUCGAGACACGCGUGGAAGAGGAGGAUGCGCAGCCUCUCAGCGAACCCAUCAUCGCACCGGUCGAACAAAAAAAGUUCAAUAUCGAAGAAGCAGACCUACCUCCGGUAUUUUUUGAUCGCAAGUUCAUGACCGACUUGAUGAACUUUCCCGAACAAACGCGCAAUGUGGCACUAGCUGGACACCUGCACCAUGGCAAAACUUCAUUCAUGGACAUGCUUGUUCUGGAGACUCAUGACAUCGCAGAGAAGCUUGACAAGCGGAGCGGACGAAAGCGCGACGAGAAGUUACGGUAUACCGAUGUUCACAUUCUGGAGCGCGAGCGAGGAAUCUCGAUCAAAUCAUCACCCAUGAGCCUAGUCCUGCAGAGUGCAAAGGGCAAGUCGCACCUGGUCAACCUCAUUGACACUCCUGGUCAUGUCAACUUUGUCGACGAGGUCGCAGUCGCCUUCAGAUUGGUCGAUGGCAUAUGUUUGGUCGUGGAUGUUGUGGAGGGUGUGCAGGUCAACACGGAGCAAAUUAUCAAGCAUGCUGUUUUGGAGGAUAUUCCUCUGACGCUCAUCAUCAACAAGAUGGACCGCUUGAUCUUGGAGCUUAAGCUGCCACCCAAGGACGCCUAUUUCAAGCUCAAGCACGUUGUCGAGGAGGUCAACACGGUGAUUACCAAUGCCGUGCCCGCAAAAGCCUCGGAGAAGCGGAUUAGUCCUGAAAAGGGCAAUGUUCUCUUCUCCUGCACUGACCUCGGCUGGUGCUUCACUCUGCAGUCCUUUGCCAAGAUGUACACUGAUACAUACGGUGAUGUCAAUACGGAUGACUUUGCUCGGAGGUUAUGGGGCGAUGUUUAUUUUAACCCGAGGAAGCGAUCAUUUACGCGAAAACCCGUUGAAGAGCGUGCGGCACGGUCAUUUGUUCACUUCGUUCUCGAGCCCAUAUACAAGCUCUUCACACAGUCCAUCAGCGCGCCCCCCGAGGACCUCAAAUUGGUCCUGGCGUCCCUGAACAUCCAGUUGAAGCCUGCACAGUACAAAGCAGAUGCCAAGGACAUUUUGAAAGCCGUCUGCCAGCAGUUCUUUGGCCCAUCCACAGCAUUUGUUGACAUGAUUGUCCGACACGUCCCAUCGCCGAUUGAAGGCGCACAGAGACUUUUGGAGAGAGCAUACAGCGGCCCGCUGGACACCAAGGUUGCAGGGUCGAUAAAGGCAUGUGAUCAGGAUGGCCCACUGGUGAUGCACGUUACCAAGCUGUUCAACACAUCAGACGCCAAGAGCUUUUACUCGUUUGGUCGCGUUCUGAGCGGCACUGCGCGACCCGGCAUGUCGGUGCGAGUGCUUGGAGAGGGUUAUUCGCUGGAUGAUGAGGAAGAUAUGACCAUUGCCACUCUUGGUCAAGUCUUUAUCGGCGAGACCAGGUACAACAUUCCCACAGACGGUGUGCCCGCAGGAAAUCUGCUUUUGAUCAGCGGCGUGGAUAACUCAAUAGUCAAAUCUGCGACUAUUGUAGCCCCCAAGUUUGAGGAUGACGAGGAUGCGUACAUUUUCAAACCAGUCACACAUUUUACCGAGUCCGUCCUCAAGGUUGCGGUGGAGCCCAUUAACCCGUCGGAGCUGCCCAAGAUGUUGGACGGGCUGCGAAAAGUGCAAAAGUCGUAUCCUCUGCUUGAUACGAAGGUGGAAGAAUCCGGUGAACAUGUCAUCCUGGGAACAGGGGAGCUCUACAUGGAUUGUGUGCUCCACGAUCUGAGGCGGCUGUAUGCCGAUAUGGAUAUCAAGGUAUCUGAUCCUGUGACCCGCUUCUGCGAAACAGUGGUAGAGACGUCGGCGACAAAGUGCUACGCCAUCACACCAAAUAAGAAGAACAAGAUCACCAUGGUUGCGGAGCAAUUGGAAAAGGGUAUAUCGACGGACAUUGAGACGGGCGCCGUCAAGAUUCGUGAUCCGAUUCGCAAAACGGCCAAAUUUUUCGAGGAAAAUCACGGCUGGGACAAGCUUGCGGCACGAAGCAUCUGGGCUUUUGGGCCGGAUGACAUGGGGCCGAACAUUUUGCAAGAUGAUACUCUGCCUGCCGAGGUCGAUAAGAAACUCCUCAAUACUGUCAAAGAGUCUAUCCGGCAGGGAUUCAGCUGGGCCACCAGAGAAGGUCCCCUCUGCGAAGAACCGAUUCGAAACACAAAGUUCAAAGUGACGGACGUGUUACUAGCAGGAGAGGCCAUCUCCCGCGGCGGCGGCCAGAUCAUUCCCACGUCGCGACGCGCAUGCUACUCCUCGUUCCUCAUGGCGUCCCCACGGCUGAUGGAGCCCGUGUACGCCGUGUCGGUGACGGGGCCCGAAGACUCGCACACCGAGGUGUACAAUGUGCUGUCGCGACGUCGGGGCCAUGUAUUGUCCGACGGCCCCGUGGCCGGGACGCCCCUGUAUCGCGUCAACGGCCUGAUUCCCGUGAUUGACAGUUUUGGGUUCGAGACGGACCUCCGGAUCAAGACGCAGGGCAGCUCCAUGGUCAGCUUGGUGUUUGAUAACUGGAGUAUUGUACCCGGCGACCCAUUGGACCGGGAGCAAAUCAUCCGGCCGCUGCAGCCGGCAUCGGCACAGGCGACAGCCAGAGAUUUCGUGCUCAAGACGAGAAGACGGAAAGGGCUGAGCGAGGAUGUGAGCGUCAAGACGUUCCUAGAACCGGAGUUUUAUCAGAGCCUGAUGGAGAGCGGCAUGCUGGGGGAUGCAUAA